CAUUCAAGUCAUUCGCUUAGAUCCACCGUACCUUCCUCCCGCCCGUCUUGUCCACUUCAGCAUGACCUCCUCUUCCACAACGCCCACAGUACCCCGCCUGGACACCUCCGACCCGCGUCGUUUCGACCGGGUGCGCCCCUUUACCCUCCCGGCAGAAUGGCGCAGCGAUGACCUCGAUGCCUACGGGAGCCUCCUGGCGAGCGCGAGCAUCAUCUCCGGUGGAGCACUCCUGACAAGAAUGCCCCAUUUUGCUUAUGUAGGAUUGUUGUUCGCUUUGGCUCACAUCGCCCACUACAAGCCCCUCAGCGUGAGGUCCAGCUCAGAUACCACCGGCGGUCCCUACACAUCCCUCGGCCUCUCCCUCUUGUCAGUCGCAAUGACCGUCUUCCAACGAGUGAUGAACCCGGUCAUCGAGGCAAAAGUGGCGCAGCAUGCCUAGAUAUCUCCAGGGUGAGCGUGGACUAUGGACGGAUGCUGGAAAGGCAGGCAGAGGCAUGGGAUGACUCACGCACGGACCGGGACAGGCAUGAGGCUUGAUGAAUUGAUGGCGUGAAGUAUACAGUGAUAGCAAGAGUGCAAGUCAACAGGAGAGAAGCAUAUAGUGUACAAUACAAAAAGUCGAACAUCAUGGGAAGUGGCCAGGGUGUCAGGCAGACCAAGAGCCCCAUCCCACCACGGGCGCGAAAUAACUAUACUCAUACAACGUCCCACUCGUCCGCCUCGUCCGACUGGACCGACUUGCCCUUUCCCUUGUCCUCCAUCGACCCUUCCGCAGAGGCAGGUACAGCAGCAGCGGCAGUAGUCGCGGUUGCAGUCACGGUCGUUCUCCUAGGCGUAGAAGAAGAAGAAGCAUACCGAGCCCCAUCAGCCGAGCCUCUUUCCCU